ACUUGCCAAAAUGAUCAACGACGUGUUUAGCCAAGUGAUAUUCGUUCAAUUUUUCGUCAGUAUUUUGGUAUUCAUGUUUGUACAAAUUUUUAUUUAUUGUUGGGCUGGAAACGAAGUUAUGCUCAAGAGUACUGGAUUGGGCGAAGCGAUAUAUCAUAUGGACUGGAUAUUGAUGACAAUAAGCGAACAAAAGGAUCUACUAAUGAUUAUGAAACGUAGCACAAGACCUAUAAAGUUUACCAGCAGUUUUUUAGUGACAUUGUCUCUGGAAUCGUAUGGGAAUAUUCUCAAAGCAUCCUACUCUGCCUUUAAUGUUUUACAACAAUCUUGA